CGAAAACAAAAUUUCAAUUAGCAACGAAACCAGUUGUUGGUGCCUCCGCUUAUUAUUACAAACCUAAUCAUGGUCUACGAUUUUGUCCAACCCUGGUUUCGAGUUAGACUUCACGCGAUAUUCUUGAUUCGCGUUGUAGGUUUUGAUGCGGUGUCACCAAGAAGACUAUACACAGGAGAACCAACUUCAGCGGCAAAGAGGCACGGAAUCUCAUUUUGCACCUAUCGGGUAGGAACCAGAGCAAAGUGUCAAAAAGACCCUUCCACUGCAUUUCCGAGCUUGACUAGUACAGGAAUGUGCGAUCGCGUGUGGGCGGGAUACUUCGGUGGAGCUGCAUCGUUUGGCUCGAAACUUCAAGGUCAUCCUUACGUUUUUUAGAAUAGCCCUGCCCUUUUACACUAAUGAUCAAAAAAAAGUGGCCACCCAAACUUUUUCCGAAAAUCCAAACUUGAA